GGCAGUACUUGUCGUACUUGAACUAUUAGCUCGGUCCAUCACAACAAGUUGGAGCCUUGAGACGUGAUUGUUUCCACCCAUUGGUCCACCCCUUAAGUUUGGGUGGCACGCCGCUGUUCGUGGGAUUGGUGCUGGGGACGCUUGGGGCGGUUGAGUGGGCGUGUCGGUGGGUGGUGACAGCCGGCCAUGGCCUCCUCGUCGACGCUACACUUAACGACGCAUGGUGGGUCUCAUACGGCCCACCACGCCCAUGGUGGGCCGGGCCACGCCCUCUUGGGUGGGGGCGGACCUCCGGGCGCCGCCGGUGGGGGACCCCAAAAUCAAAGCGAUAUUGCGUUUUGGUUGCAUAAUAAAUUGGGCACAUCGAACGACUCGUGGACGGGUGGUUCCAUUGUGUCCCAAUUGAACCCGGAGCUCUUAGUGAAGAUCGAGCACUGUUUCUGUGAUCUCCAACCCCAAGUCAAAUUGAAGCUACUUCUCUCCCUAUUCCACAUUCAGAAACGCAACUUAGAAGCCAAUUGGAAGACCCAAUUGGACGCCAUUUUACAAGUGGCCCAAGAGGAUUCCGAGCCUUGGGUGGCCAUGCUGGCCGAGCUCCUCAAGACCUAUCCAGCCACUGGUCAGUUGAAUGCGGAUAUCCGUGUGCCUGACACAAAUCGCAAAUUGUUCACGGAUCUCUUGGCCGAUAUGAAAAAGGUGCUGAAAAAAUCCGACCAAAGUGACACCGUGCUGCCCAUGGAGUGUCAUUUCUUGAACAAGAACGCCUUUAUCUCGUUGGUGGGUCAUCAACCACAGACGAUCAAACAUUUCGCUCUCAAACGCAAGCCCAAGGCCGCGGCCCUUAAAGCAGAAUUGCUGAACAAAUCCCAAGAGGCCGCCAACAAAGUCAAGUCGAGCUCGUCGGGCUCGUUCCCCAUCCGAAAGAGUACAAUGCCCAGAAAGAUGUCAGAUACCGGAGGCGCUCUCAAGGCGUUGCCCAGUCGCACCUUCGGGGGUGGCUUUAAGAGCCAACGGCCAGCCGUUCCACCCAGGAGCAAUCGCAAGCCUGAAGGUGGGGUGAAAUUGCUCGAUAUCACAGAGCAACCCAUCGGGUUUGCCGCUGCCAAAAAGAGGAAACGCCAACAAGAGUUGGAGGAAAUUCAGGCCAAGAAGGCGCAAGCCAAAGAGGAAAAGGAGGCGGCCGCCAAGGCUGCAGCUGCAGCCAAGACCACACCGGAUUACGCAGCAGGGCUAUCCACCAUGAAUCCACCUACCCCGGCACCCGCUCCCUCGGGUGUUUCCAGUACUGCUCCGCCUCCUCCCGCCUAUGCCCCUCCCACGCCCUUACAGUCCACGGUGAGCACUCCUUCAUACGCGCCCCAACCUCCUUCGCUUCCGACCCAACCUACGGUCGUGUCCUCUCAAUUGCCGCUGCAACCGCCGCCUCAUCAUACGGGGCCUACGUUGCCCACCGUACCUGUGACGGCUGGUUUGACCUCGAAUGGAAUGGGGCCCAUGCCCGGAUUGGGCGGGGCUGGGGGUGCGCCUCCUCAAACCGGCCUUAUGAGCCAACCAGGGCUUCAGCAGCCCCAAUUAUCUCAAGGUGUGCAGUCUUCGGCGAUGGCUUCAAAUCUCUCUCAGUCGAUGGUGCGCACCAAUCCGACGCCUUUCCCCGCCAACUUGACCUCAUUGGAGCCGCUUCCGCCUUCGGCGGUUCAACAGCAACAACAUCAACAACCACAACUUCAACAACAGCCACAACAACAACCCGCAUCAUACCAUGCGCUGCAAUCCACCCAACGAUUGACCCCUGGUACAACCACCCGGUUGGUACAAUUGCCAACCCAACCCAUUCCGCAGCCCCAGACUCGAUUCACAGGCACGCAAGUCCUGACCCAACGAGCCUCUGGACCGCCAGUCUCGGUAUUGGCCAAUGUCGGCGCUCACGGCGGUCAAGCACAACAGCAACCGCAAGCCCAGGCCAGGAUCAUCCGAACCGUUCGGCCCCUUUUGAGCAAUCUGCAGCCCCAACCCCAGAAUCUUCUGCCGCAGCAGCCGCAACAACAACCACAACAGCGUCAGCCUCCGGCACCACAAGCGAUUGUUCAACCUCGAGUUCCGGCCCCACUCCCGACCCAGACCCCCCAACCCGCCCCUGCGCAGGCCCAAAGGAGAAGUCUGACCCUGACCAAAGAGCAAAUGAUGGAGGCCCAAGAAAUGUUCAGGACGGCCAACAAGGUCACCCGACCGGAAAAGGCUCUUAUUCUCGGUUUCAUGGCCGGCUCCAGGGAUAACCCUUGCCCUCACUUAGGAAACGUUGUGACCAUCAAAUUGUCGGAGAACCAAGAGAAUGUGCAACAAGGCAAUCAAUUUGUGGGUAUGAUAGUGGAAACCCACUUCCAAAUGAACUAUUCCACUGGGGAAUGGAAGCGAAUCAAGAAGCUUCGUCGUCUCGAGGAUUUGCAACAGUGAUAGUGAUAAACAGAAUGAAGAAAACCUCUGGCCCCGUGAGCCAAACAGAGCACGGCGUCAAAAGCAGUUGAAAAGAUGUGUUUUGAUUCCCCAUUAUAAAUUCAGGAAUUUCCGAAUUAAAAUCGGUGUAUCUAGCAA